AUGGAUUACGCCGAGGCCUGCCGUGAGAUCGAUAUGGAGCAACUAGCUUCUGCCGUAGACACACUUACCACCAGUUCGCUAGGAAAACUAGAAGAGGCGUUGUAUGACCGGAACACGGGACGCUGUGAACAGAUGUGUGCAGUUUAUUGGAAAUUUGAGGAACACAUAAUGCAAAAAUUAAGAGAUGUAAGUUCGAACAUAAAUGGCUUCAUAUGGUCUUCAGCAUGCCAUUAA